GUUCAUCCGCGACAACCUCACAAAGUAGAACAGUAGUCUGUAUACUUCUUGCUCGUGCUCUUGUCACAGCCGGGAAAAGCGCGACGCCUCCUCCGGACGAGCCUCGGCUCCAUUUGCAGUGUAACUAAAUAGUUACGCCGCGCUUCAAGUCGGGGACAAUUUGAUCGUUAGCAGCCGGGUGGACGAAGCGCAGUCGGCAUCCGAGAUUUGGAACGCUUUGAUCGGGCGGUGGACGGACCAAGACCUCGCUCGCCUCAUCCGCCGGAUGCGGAUGCUCCUUUGGGCCGGGACGCUAGCUGCCAUCUUGCACCUGAAUUUGGACUACCUUCUGGUUCGUCAACUGGCCUCCAGUCCUUGUCGGGUUCUUCCCACGGAGCCGGCCAGCUGAGGUGAAGGCGAGGGCACAGCGCCGAGGACCAUGAUCUGAAGGCUAGCUCGUCCUCUCUUCUUUAGCUCCAGAAACCGGCAGGAAGUGUUGAAACAUACGAGCAGGAAGCGGAAGAAGAUUCUGCAGCUUAACGCCCCCUCCCGCCAAACAGCAGCAACAUGGGGAGGAAAAAGAUACAGAUUCAGAGGAUCACCGAUGAGCGCAACAGACAGGUGACUUUCACCAAGAGGAAGUUCGGCCUGAUGAAGAAGGCGUACGAGCUGAGCGUGCUGUGCGACUGCGAGAUCGCCCUAAUCAUCUUCAACCACUCGAACAAGCUCUUCCAGUACGCCAGCACCGACAUGGACAAGGUGCUGCUCAAGUACACCGAGUACAACGAGCCACACGAGAGCCGGACCAACGCCGACAUCAUUGAGGCUCUGAACAAGAAAGAGCACCGGGACUCUGAGAGCCCGGACCCCGAAGAGCCCUUCUCGCUCACGCCGCGCACUGAGGAGAAGUACAAAAAAAUUGACGAGGAGUUUGAUAAAAUGAUGCGCAACUAUAGGCUGUCACCAACCUACUCAAUGCCCGUCACUGUGCCGGUGUCCAAUCCGAGCGCCCCGCCGCCGCAACCGGCCACCCUCCAGUUCAGCAACAACCCGGGCGGCGCCCUGGUUACCACCACUUCUUUUGUCAACGCCGCACUGUCAGACCCCCGCCUGCUGUCGCCGCAGCAACCCAACCUGCAGAGGAACAGCGUGUCGCCGGGACUGCCGCAGCGACCCGCCAGCGCAGGCGCCCUCCUCGUAGGAGAUUUGGGAAACUCCAACGGAGCGUGCCCGAGUCCAGUCCCUAAUGGCUACAUUAGCGCCCGGGCCUCGCCGGGCCUGCUGUCCAUCUCCAACGGCAACAACAGCAACUUGGUCAAGGUGGUCCCGGCCAAGUCUCCACCUCCUCCCAGUCCUCAGAUGAUCAGCGCUCGCAAGCCGGACCUCCGGGUCAUCACCUCGCAUGGUGGCAAGAGCCUCAUGCAGCUGACCGAAGAAGAAUUGGAGCUGGUCACCGAGAAUGCCCAGCGGCUCGGCGGCUCCCAGGUGUCGCAGCCCCUCACCACCCCUGUGGUUUCCGUGGCGACGCCCAGCCUCCUGGCGCCCUUCUCCGCCAUGCAGACAGGCUAUAACACUGAGUACCAGCUGACGAGCGCCGACCUGACGGCCCUGCAGACGUUCACGCCGGCGGGCCUGGUGCCCGCUAACAUGGCUGCCUGGCAACAGCAACAGCAGCCGGCCGUUGCCCAGCAACAGACGGCGCCGCCCAUCGGACUGGCCUCGCUCACCAAUCUUGUGCCGAUGGCCCCCCUCCCUCAGGGCACAGCGCUGACCAUCAACACCAACCCUCACGUCAACAUCAAAUCCGAGCCCGUGUCGCCCAACCGGGACCGCAGCACCCCUUGUCCCGCUUUGGGCGGCUCCGGUGGCGGCGGAAUUCAAAUCCACGGGCAAGCCGCCCCGUCGUACACCCCCAUUUUACGCCCCGAAGCGGGAGGUCAAGGCCGUUCUCCAGUCGACAGCCUGAGCAGCAACGCCAGCUCGUACGACGGCAGCGACCGGGACGACGCCGGUCGGGGCGGCGGCGGGGGUCCAGACUUCCACCUGCACCAACAGGCCGGCGCCCAGCAGCCCACCAUGCUGCUUCUGCGGCCCGCUUCGGCCGAACCUCCGGAGCAGGACAACGUGAAGAGGAUGAGGUUGGACGCGUGGGUCACAUGAAGCGCCCGCGCAGGGCCGGACAGAACCUGUUGAGGCCCCCGAUCCCCUCUUUACACACACACCAGCCACAGAACUCCUUCACACAACACAAGCAUGCUUAACACUUGUGCACAUGUUCACGUCGAGAAAAAGUGCAGGGAAAUUUCAGGAUCCACCUAAAAUGUGCAGUUUCAGUGCUGUUGACGGCGAUCGAUGUCCAAUCCAUUUGAAGUGAGACUCCCAGUCCAAAUGGAUUGGACAUCUAUUGCCGUCAAUGGCUGCCAGUGAAUGCAAAAGUAGAAAACGGAUUUACGUAAGCUAAUUUAGUUUUCACAUAUGGUUAUGAGUUUUUCCCAAUAUAAAAAAUUGACUUUUAUCCAAUUAUAAUGAAUAUUUUAUUCUUAUAAAAUUAGUUUGGCCUGUGACCUUUUGACCUUAUCACCCCAAAAUUUAAUCACCUCCUCCGUUUCAUAUUACAAACAUAGCAGGUAAAUUUGGAAAUAAUCCCUUUGUUCUUGAGUUGUCGUAAACACAACAAACAAAUUAAAUUUGACCUUUUGACCUUACCAACCCAAAAUGUAAUCACCUCCUCUGCUUCGUAUUGCAAACAUAUCACGCUUGUUUGAUAAUAAUCCCUAUAGUCAUUCUUGUUAUCUUGAACACAGAAGUGCCAAUUCAAUUUGACCCUGUGACCUCAUGACCCCAAAAUUUAAUCACCACCUCUGUUUCAUAUUACCAAGAUAUCACGUGUUCUUGAAUUUUCUCAAACACAAACAUACAAAUUAAAUUUGACCUUUGAGCUUAUCACCCCAAAAUUGAAUCAACUCUGGGUUCAUAUUAUAAACAUACCAAUCAAAUUUGAUCAUAACUCAAGAAUGAAUAUAGGGAUUAUUUCAAUUACAGAAAUGCCAAUUCAGUUUUACCCUUUGACCUCAUGACCGUAAAGUUUAAUCACCUCUGUUUCAUAUUACAAAAAUGUCCCGCAAAUUUGGAAAUAAUCCAUCUGUACCACCCCAAAAUUUAAUCACCACCUCUGUUUCGUAUUACAAACAUAUCACGCUUGAUUGAUAAUAAUCCCUUUAGUCAUUCUUGAGAUAUCUCAAACACAAAAGUGCCAAUUCAAUUUGAGCCUUCGACCUCAUGACCCCAAAAUUUUAUCGCCUCCUCUGUUUUAUAUUACAAACAUAUCAUGUGUUCUUGAAUCUUCUCAAACACAAAUGUAUAAAUUAAAUUUGACCUUUUGACCUUACCACCCCAAAAUGUAAUCCCUUCUUUCAUGUUACAAACAUAUCAUGCAAGUUUGAUCGUAACUCAAGAAUGAAUAAAGGGAUUAUCUUGAACACAGGAAUUCCAAUUCAGUUUGACCCUUUGACCUCAUGACCCCAAAAUUUAAUCACCUCCUCCGUUUCAUUUUACAAACAUGUCAUGUGUUCUUGAAUUUUCUCAAACACAAACAUACGAGUUAAAAUUUGACCUUUGACCUAAUUACCCCCAAAGUUAAUUCUACUUAAAUAAUGCAAAAAAAAAAUUUUAUUUUACCAUAUUAUUUUUAUUAUAUUAUAAUUUUAUUAUUAAGGGGGGUGGGACAUAUCAAUUAAACAAAUAUAUUCAUCAUGAAUAAUGAUUAUGACUUUUCAGAUAAAAUAAAUUACAUUCCAAAACCAUUAGAACCAAUUAGAAAAAAGAUUUAUAGAUAGUAAAAUGAAAAUAUGUACAGGCUAAAGAUGUAAGCAAAUAUACAUCAACUGACACAUAAAUACCUAAAUAUAAAUAUAAAUCUUUAAAAAUUUUACACUCUUCGGGUCCCCAUUAAAACCUCAAAUCUUGCAAAAAUGUGCUGAAACUGGAGAGGUCACAAAAGGUCAAAUUAGGUUGACUUCAAGUACAUUUUUGGUUCAUCCUGAAAUUUCACUACAAAGUCCUCAACUUUUUUGACGCAACAAUUGCGGUUUGACUUCAGUCCCUUAUUCUGCAUCGGUACCUGUCACACGGACAAGCGUAUUUGAGUGGAUAGCGUGGAAGGAGCCAAUAAGCUUUCAUCAAAACGACAAUGAAAGUCCCCGCCCCCUAAUAUUAGACUGACAACCCCACCGCAUUUUCACACUUGAUGGUUUCUAAGCGAAGGAUUUGGACUCCAAACAUAAACAAAUAUAGAACAGCAAACCAUGUGACAUUUAUUUCUUCUCUGAUUGGCCACAAGGCAGUCACCAACAUGUUAUCCCCAAAAUGGCUGACUUCCUUUUCACUCUUGUGUAAACAAUCGCCCCAUUUCACCCUAAUUUCAAACACGAGUUGUCAAAACGACUGACUUCUGGUUGAGUUCAGGCAUUCUUACGGUUAAGAUUUUGAACAUACAACUUAAAAAAUGGCAGACUUUCUGUUCAAUGUAGGCCUUAUGCCUCUAAAAUUAAAGACUUCCAGUUAAAUUUUGGACAUGGAGCUGACAAAAUGGCUGCCUUCCUGUUCAAUAACAGUAUGAUACUGUAGAAUGAUGAUAUGAUAGUGGAGAAGCGCUCUCACAGAGCGUAUUUCGGCCAAAGUGGCCAAAUUCAAAGCGUCACCAUAUUUCUGACCUCCGUGACCUUUGACCCUUUUCCUUCUUCAUAUGACCUACUCUGCAAAUUUGAGUUAAAUUGGCAUCAAGUAAACACGAAAUUGGCCAAUCUGACUAUCCUGACCUUUGACCUCAUGACCCUAAAACCUUUGCCAUUUCAUAUUACAUCGGCACCUCGAGAGACAGAGGUUUCAGGAAAUUAAAUGAAUUUGUUUUUCGAAGCUUUUUUGUCGCUUCAUAUUACGAAAAUUUAUUUGUCAUACAAAGGAUAAUACGUACUGUAAUAGAUCAUUACCACUCGCAGUGAUGCAGCAAUUCAAAAUUGCCAGCUUCCUGUUAGAUUUAAGACCUGAGGCUGAUAAAAUGGCUAACCUUCUGACCAAUAUCAUCAUGCCACUGUAGUUACUUUGUAUCUUGUGGCUUUAUUAACUUCGUCUUUUAAGGAUUCUUGCAAAUUAAUUGAUAAACAAACUGGUGAAGUUCUCUGACAGAGCGUAUUUCGGCCAAAGCGGCAAAAUUCAUAGCAUCACCACAUUUCUGACCUCUGACCUUUGACCCUUUCCGUUCUUCAUAUCAACUACCCUGCAAAUUUGAAUUGGAGUCCAUCAUCGUCAAUUGAACGUGAAAUCACUUUUCUGACCACUUUGACCAUUUGACCCCAAAAUUUUAUAUUACAAACAAACUGAAAGUUUCAUAAUCCUGUAUUCGUUCUUGACUUAUCUUGAAGACACAGACAUACUGUAUGAUGAUUCCCCGAAGGUUACCAACUUCCUCUUAGAUUACAGAUAUCAGGCUGACAAAAUGGCUAACUUCCUGUUCAAUAUCAGUAUGACGCUGUAGUUACUACACAUUUCAUUCUUUUUUCAGUAUUUGAACUGUGAUAUGUAGGUAAAUGCCUGGAUAGGGUCAAAGGUCAAGGAUAAAAUUGGAGUGCGUGUGAGGCUAAUAAUAGCCUUGGAGUUCCGUGUCGAAUUUUUCCUGUGGAUAACUUUUAAGUUUAGAAUAUAGGUUUUGAGUGGGGCCUUAAUUUUUUCCGAUUUUAGGUCCAAUAGGGGUCGAGGGGUCAGUAGGAAUUCUAGCUAUGGUUAGUGAAGGAGUAAGGGUAAGGGGCUAGAUGAUGUAGGGUUUUUAGUUAUGGUUAAUGUAGGGGUAAAGGUAACAGGUUUAAGACACCACCUAAGCAGUCAAAUUCAAAGCAUCGCCAUAUUUCUGACCUUUCACCCUUUCUCGUAUCCUAUCCCUGACCCUUUAAAUUUGAGUUGAAUAAUCUGUUAUGAGCUAUCACAAAAUUCCUUCUCUGACCUUUGUGACCUUUGACCUCAAAAUUGAAUCACCUCCUCCAUUUCAUAUUACAAACAUGCACGUUUUUUAAUAAUAAUAACUAUUAUUUUUUAUUUGUUCUUGUGUUAUCUUGAACACUAACACACAUACGGAACCGAAUUCAUUAGCUACGCCUUUCGUAGGCUCACUUACUGGCCGAGAAAAACUCUUUUUACAAAAUUUAAUUGAAAAAUAUUUUUAAAAAUAAAACCUAAAACGAACUAACACGACUUUCAAAUGCAACUCGACUCCCAAAAAAUGUCCGCCAUCCUUUCCAAGUCCACCUAGCGUCCCGUUAGCACCCACGCUAUCGCUACUGCUGACAUUUUCCGACCAAUCAGAGAAGAAAAACACAUCGCAUGCUUGAUAUCAUUUCCCUAAGCUUGUAUUUUUAUUCUUCUAACACUAAACUCAACAUCAUUUCCAAAGCAAACCAUGAAAAACGCUACCAAUCAAGCUAAUCAACGCGCUAUUUACGAAUGAUUUGUCGCUACAGCGACAACAGAAUCAGGGAGGACAGUCGCGUGCGUGUGUGGUCACUUGACACGAACCACAUUGGGGGUGUGUACAUAAUGCGUGUGUGUGAGUGACAAAUUUUGAGUAAUAAUAUUAAUAAUGAUAAAUGACGACGACAACCACGUGCACGCCACAGGGAUUGUACAUAAGAGCUCAGUAUUUGGAAGUAAGGACAGAAAAAGAUUCUCAGUGGAAUUCCUUUUUUUCUGCUUUUGUUGUCAUUUGUUGACAAUGCACUAGAGGGCGCUGUAGGAUCACAAAAGGGACAAUUGGUGUUGGAGUGCACUUUUACACAUAGAAAUCAAUGCAAAAGGUUCAUCCGUCCGCGAUUUUUUUUCUGUUUUUUGGACGUCUAUCGCCGUCAAUGAGUUGUUUUACAGCACAGGGGUGUCAAACAUACGACCCUCAGCGGGGUCCAAAUCGGCCCGGGGGGGUUGUUCUGCCUAACAGGCGCGUCGUAGCUCAUUCAUACUGUACAUAAAAAAAUCACAUGCUUUUAUUUUGACAUUGGCGCCGUAAAACCGGAGAUUUGUGCACUACUGCACUUGACUCACCUUUGUCUUGGCAGUCACAUUUGUCAAUUCGCUCCCUCCUUGUCGAAAAAUGGAAUAGACGUCUAACACAGUCAAGGGCAGCCAAUGAGUUAAAAAAAUAAUUAACCGAAAAAUGCCCUAAAAUCAGAAAUUAACCUUGAAACGCUUAAAAAUUAACAGGAACUUAUCCAAAAUGUACACGACGCGACCUAAAAAUACCCUAAAGUUACAGGGAAUUGAUCUGAAAACAAUAGGAAGUACCCUGGAAAUACCCUAAAUUUAGCAGGAAGUGACCCAAAAUCACCAGGAAGUAACCUGGAAACACCCCAAAAUCAACAGGAAGUGACCAAUGAACAGCAAGUGGCAAGAAAAUGGAAAUUGUCCAAAAUGUACAGGAAGUGACCUAAAAAUACCCCAAAGUUGGGAAUUGAUCUGAAAACAACAGGAAGUAACCUGGAAAUGCCCCAAAAUCAACAGGAAGUGACCCGUGAACAGGCAAUGGCCCGAAAAUGCCCUAAAAUCAACAGGAAAGGAUCCGAAAUCAACAGGAAGUAACCUGGAAAUGCCCCAAAAUCAACAGGAAGUAACCUGGAAAUACCCCAAAAUCAACAGGAAGUGACCAAUGACCAGGAAGUGGCAUGGAAAUGCCCUAAAAUCAACAGGAAAUGAUCCAAAAUGUACAGGAAGUGACCUAAAAAUACCCCAAAGUUGGGAAUUGAUCUGAAAACAACAGGAAGUAACCUGGAAAUGCCCCAAAAUCAACAGGAAGUGACCCGUGAACAGGCAAUGGCCCGAAAAUGCCCUAAAAUCAACAGGAAAGGAUCCGAAAUCAACAGGAAGUAACCUGGAAAUGCCCCAAAAUCAACAGGAAGUAACCUGGAAAUACCCCAAAAUCAACAGGAAGUGACCAAUGACCAGGAAGUGGCAUGGAAAUGCCCUAAAAUCAACAGGAAAUGAUCCAAAAUGUACAGGAAGUGACCUAAAAAUACCCUAAAGUUGGGAAUUGAUCUGAAAACAACAGGAAGUAACCUGGAAAUGCCCCAGAAUCAACAGGAAGUGACCCGUGAACAGGAAAUGGCCCGAAAAUGCCCUAAAAUCAACAGGAAAGGAUCCAAAAUCAACAGGAAGUAACCUGGAAAUGCCCCAAAAUCAAUAGGAAGUGACCCAAAAUCAACAGGAAGUAAUCUGGAAAUACCCCAAAAUCAACAGGAAGUGACCCAUGACCAGGAAGUGGCAAGGAAAUGCCCUAAAAUCAACAGGAAAUUGUCCAAAAUGUACAGGAAGUGACCUAAAAAUACCCUUAAGUUGGGGAAACAACAGGAAGUAAAAUGGAAAUGCCCUAGAAUCAACAGGAAGAGGCCCCAAAAUGCCCUAAAACAGGAAGUGACCCGUGAUCAACAGGAACUAACCUCGAAAUGCCCCAAAAUCAACAGGAAGUGACCCAUGAACAGGAAGUGGCCUGGAAAUAACCUAAAAUCGACUGGAAAUGAUCCAAAAUAUACAGGACACUAAGCUACCGUACCCUAAAUUUAAAAAGAAAUUAUCCAGAAGUAAGCUGGAAAUGCCCCUGAAUCAACAGGAAGUGGCCCAGAAAUGCCCUGCAAUCAACAGGAAAUCAUCCCAAAAUUACAGGAAGUGACACCUGGAUAAGAAGUAACCAAAGAACAGGAAAUGGUCCAGAAAUACCCUAAAAUCAACAGGAAGUAAACUGGAAAUGCCUCAAAAUAUACACGAAGUGUCCCUGAAAUGCCCUAAAAUCCCUAGGAAAUGACCCAAAAUCACCAGGAAGUAACCUGGAAAUACCCAAACUCAACAGGAAGUGACCAAUGAACAGGCAGUUGCCUGGAAAUGCCCUAAAAUCAACAGGAAAUGUUUCCAAAUGUACACAAAGUGACCUAAAAAAUACCCUAAAAUUACAGGGAAAUGAUUUGAAAUCAACAGGAAGUAACCUGGAAAUGCCCCCAGAAUCAACAGGAAGUGGCCCCAAAAUGGCCUAAAAUCAACAGGAAGUGUCCCCGAAGUGCCUUAAAAUCAACAGAAGGUGAAACAAAAUCAACAGGAAGUAACCUGGAAUGCCCCAAAAUCAACAGGAAGUGACCAGUGAACAGGAAGUGGCUCGGAAAUGCCCCAAAAUCAAUAGGAAAUGUUUCAAAAUGUACACAAAGUGACCUAAAAAUACCCUGAAAUUACAGGAAGUGACCAAUGAACAGGAAGUUGCCUGGAAAUGCCCUAAAAUCAACAGGAAAUGUUUCCAAAUGUACACAAAGUGACCUAAAAAAUACCCUAAAAUUACAGGGAAAUGAUUUGAAAUCAACAGGAAGUAACCCCCAAAAUGGCCUAAAAUCAACAGGAAGUGACCCGGAAAUGCCUUAAAAUCAACAGGAAAUGAUCCCAAGUGUACACAAAGUGACCUAAAACUACCCUAAAAUCAACAGGAAGUGACCCAUUAACAGGAAGUGGCCCGAAAAUACCCUAAAAUCAACAGGAAGUAAACUCGAAAUGCCUCAAAAUAUACAGGAAGUGUCCCUGAAAUGUCAUAAAAUCACUAGGAAAUGACCCAAAAUCACCAGGAAGUAACCUGGAAAUACCCAAACUCAACAGGAAGUGACCAGUGAACAGGAAGUUGCCUGGAAAUGCCCUAAAAUCAACAGGAAAUGUUUCCAAAUGUACACAAAGUGACCUAAAAAAAUACCCUAAAAUUACAGGGAAAUGAUUUGAAAUCAACAGGAAGUAACCUGGAAAUGCCCCCAGAAUCAACAGGAAGUGGCCCCAAAAUGGCCUAAAAUCAACAGGAAGUGUCCCCGAAGUGCCUUAAAAUCAACAGAAGGUGAAACAAAAUCAACAGGAAGUAACCUGGAAUGCCCCAAAAUCAACAGGAAGUGACCAGUGAACAGGAAGUGGCUCGGAAAUGCCCCAAAAUCAAUAGGAAAUGUUUCAAAAUGUACACAAAGUGACCUAAAAAUACCCUGAAAUUACAGGAAGUGACCAAUGAACAGGAAGUUGCCUGGAAAUGCCCUAAAAUCAACAGGAAAUGUUUCCAAAUGUACACAAAGUGACCUAAAAAAUACCCUAAAAUUACAGGGAAAUGAUUUGAAAUCAACAGGAAGUAACCCCCAAAAUGGCCUAAAAUCAACAGGAAGUGACCCGGAAAUGCCUUAAAAUCAACAGGAAAUGAUCCCAAGUGUACACAAAGUGACCUAAAACUACCCUAAAAUCAACAGGAAGUGACCCAUUAACAGGAAGUGGCCCGAAAAUACCCUAAAAUCAACAGGAAGUAAACUCGAAAUGCCUCAAAAUAUACAGGAAGUGUCCCUGAAAUGUCAUAAAAUCACUAGGAAAUGACCCAAAAUCACCAGGAAGUAACCUGGAAAUACCCAAACUCAACAGGAAGUGACCAGUGAACAGGAAGUUGCCUGGAAAUGCCCUAAAAUCAACAGGAAAUGUUUCCAAAUGUACACAAAGUGACCUAAAAAAAUACCCUAAAAUUACAGGGAAAUGAUUUGAAAUCAACAGGAAGUAACCUGGAAAUGCCCCCAGAAUCAACAGGAAGUGGCCCCAAAAUGGCCUAAAAUCAACAGGAAGUGACCCGGAAAUGCCUUAUAAUCAACAGGAAAUGAUCCCAAGUGUACACAAAGUGACCUAAAACUACCCUAAAAUCAACAGGAAGUGACCCAUUAACAGGAAGUGGCCCGAAAAUACCCUAAAAUCAACAGGAAGUAAACUGGAAAUGCCUCAAAAUAUACAGGAAGUGUCCCUGAAAUGUCAUAAAAUCACUAGGAAAUGACCCAAAAUCACCAGGAAGUAACCUGGAAAUACCCAAACUCAACAGGAAGUGACCAAUGAACAGGAAGUUGCCUGGAAAUGCCCUAAAAUCAACAGGAAAUGUUUCCAAAUGUACACAAAGUGACCUAAAAAAAUACCCUAAAAUUACAGGGAAAUGAUUUGAAAUCAACAGGAAGUAACCUGGAAAUGCCCCCAGAAUCAACAGGAAGUGACCCCCAAAAUGCCCUAAAAUCAACAACAAGUGACCGAAAACCAGCAGGAAGUAACCUGGAAAUACCCCAAACUCAACAGGAAGUGACCCAUGAACAGGAAGUUGCCUGGAAAUGCCCUAAAAUCAACAGGAAAUGAUCCAAAAUGUACACAAAGUGACCUAAAACUACCCUUAAAUCAACAACAAGUGACCCAAAAUCAACAGGAAACAACCUGGAAAUGCCCCAAAAUCAACAGGAAGUGACUUAUGAACAGGAAGUGGCCCGAAAAUGCCCUAAAAUCAACAGGAACGAAUCCAAAGUCUACAGAAAGAUGCCAUGAGAUACCCCAAAAUGUACAGGGAGUGACCAAAAAUAAACUCUUUGGCUUCCACUGACAACAAUAGACGUCCAAUUGACUAAAACUGGGAGGAAUGGCUAUGAAUGCCAUUGACAGCGCUAGACGUCAAUGGCAGCCAGUGAGUUAACUCGUUUGGCGAGAAAAAAUUGGUCCGAACCACAUGAGAUAAAAACCAAAAUGAGUUUGACACCCCUGCAUUAUUUUGCGAGUCUGCCUCAAGCCAUAACGCGGACAUUGUUACACGUGCAUUUCCUCUAGAGGGCGCCGUAAUCACUCAAAAAGACAAUCAGCUUGAAGCUUUGCCCACUAUACCGGACUUUUCGCCUGUUUUAUGGUGAUUUUAAUGUCAUCAUCAUGAUUUUUUUUUGUGUAGCUUAGUAUUUUUUUUUUUCUGAAUAUUCUAUAAAUAUUUUUUUUGUUUGAGGGAUUUUUUUUUUUUGUCGUGUUCUGAGUAAACGUCACACAGUUUUUUUCCCCCCGCGCACUAAGUCGGCGAGGAUGUCACUGCUGCAUGAGAGCAAAAGGGGAGAAAAAUGUAAUAUCAACACACCGUCGUCACAGAAAUAUAUUGAAACAAAAAAAAUAUAAAAAUGGAAAAAAAAAAUAUGAAAUAGCUAAUAUAUUGUGUUGGGUUAGUCUGCUUUUUUUGUUGUGAAAAGAUUUUUUUUGUUGUUGGAGAAUGAUAUACAAUUUGUGUAUAUUUUCAUAAAUAAAAGUAUGCACUGAUGUUAUUACAAAAUCUAUACUGCUUUUACAAAAAAAAAAGUGUUUGUUAUUGUACCAAAGUAUCUGAAGCUCCGCCCUCUCUUCUUGCCCCGCCUCCUUUUUGCGUAUGUUUUACCGUAUUUUAUAUAUUAAAUAGACAAGUUGACCUACUGCG